AGCAUUCGAAUGAGUCCUCAAUACUCAUGACUCGACUCAAUCAAAAAACUGCGACCAUGACACCACCGAAACACUCUGCUGGUGUCCUUGUUUCUUUCACAGCACCGUUGCAGUAUAUGAAUUUGGUUGAUUCUGUUAGUUAGUUAGUUACCUUAGUCAGUUAGUGUGAUAGUGAUACCAUGGUCGCCCACAGUUUAGCCGCUGCCAAGCGUCUGCGAAAGGAGCUUCAGAAUCUGCAACGACACAAGGACGAAGACGAUGACAUUUGCCUGAUACCCGAUUCGGACAAUGUCCUCAAGUGGGCAGCUCUUAUUCGAGGACCCAAAGACACUCCAUAUGAAGGUGGAGUAUUUCACCUGUCCAUUGUCUGUGGCACGGAGUAUCCCUUGGCGCCGCCCACCAUGACAUUUGUCACCAAGGUAUUCCAUCCCAAUGUUCACUUUCGAACGGGAGAUAUCUGCUUGGAUAUCCUCAAAAAGGAAUGGUCUCCUGCGUGGGGGUUGCAAGCAGCGUGUCGAGCCAUAUUGGCACUCCUCAGUGCUCCCGAUGCGGACUCUCCUUUGAAUUGCGAUGCUGGCAAUAUGAUUCGGGGAGGAGAUGAUAUUGCCUUUCAAUCCAUGGCAAGAAUGUAUACCGUUGAAAAUGCCAACUUUUUGCGGUGGCCCACCAAGGAAGACAGAGAGGAGGCACUGGCAUCGUAGGUAGCUAGGCUUGAUCUUGGUGCUAGUACUCACUCCUCCCCAAGAACGGAACGAGACGAAGUGUAGCCACAGUCUCAGCCCAGGUAAAAGAGAAUGGAAGUAGACUACACAAGCAUAGCAUUCUACCGCUUUGGGGCUAGUAUGCGAUAUACCCUCCUUCGGCGUAGCAGGUUGGCCACCACGACAAAAGGACAAUUCCGACCAGUAGACUACUAGUCUAUUCCACUUUUUAAAGUAGAUGCCCUUGUAUGUACAGUCGUUUUA